AUGAGAGAAGAAGCUCUUAAAUUGGCAAGAGACGAGGUUGAAGAUGAAGUCCUGCCCAUUCACUUCAUAGACCAAGCUGCCAUCGUCCGAAAUCUUCUCUUCAACUUCACAUUUCGCUACAACAAAGUUCUCGAUGCAGGGAAGCUUCAUGAAAGUCUGCUCCAGCUGAUUCAUAUGCCUGGAUGGAAGAAACUUGGAGGUCGGCUCCGAGCUACCAGUGGAGGAAAGCUAGAGAUUCAUGUGCCACGCUCCUUCAGCAAAACGCGCCCGGCUGUGAGAUUUUCCCACAUUGAUUAUCUCGACAUCGACAUCGAUUCUCACUCUCUAGCAUCGAGAUUGCCCAAACCAACAGGUUCUAAACCAUCUCUGCACGAGGGCAGUCACGCUUUCAAGGUCUUCGCUGCGCCCGAGAACCUGCCCAAAGAUGUCGGCCACUACUUGAAGAGUGACGAGCCUCUGCUAUGUCUCCAGAUCACGUCCUUUGCAGACGCUACAUUGGUGGCGUUCACCUUUCCACACUCGCUUGCGGAUGCCAUGGGCACAUCAGAGCUGCUGAAGGCGUGGUCCAACAUCGUGAUGGGCAAAAGCCAUCUCGUCAAGCCUCUUCAGGGCAUUCAUUACGAUGUGCUUGAUAGCGUCGGAACAGACCUUGACAAGAAAGUCUCACAGGGGAACUUCGUUCUCGAAGGCCAGCAAACCCGUGGUCUGUCUUUGAUAUCUUUCAUCGCUCGCUAUGUAUGGGAUAUAUUGACUCGCCGGAAUGUACAGUCUCGGCACAUCUAUCUGCCCGCCAACUAUCUGAUGCACUUGCGCCAAGGCGUCGAGCAGGAUCUCAAGGAACACAACGGUGGAGUCGUUCCGUUCAUCAGCGACGGGGACCUCAUCACAGCCUGGGGCUCUCGCCUUGUCAUGUCAUCACGAUCAUGGAAGAGGGGCAGUGCAGUGAUUUGCAACGUCUUUGACGUCCGUCGGCGGUUGGAAAACACGUUCACUCCCGCGGGCCCAUACCUACAAAAUCUGAUGCUGCCAGCAACGACAAUCCUAUCCAGGCAGGAGGCAGCCACUGCCACAACGGCACAGAUCGCUCAACGUCUUCGCCAAGCCAUCACGGAGCAGGCUGGCGACGUGCAAACGCGCAGACUCAUGCGCCUCGCACGCAAGUGGUUCUCGACUCUGGGCACGAUACCCCUGUUCGCGAGGUGGGAUUCCCGAAUGAUUGCCUGCUCGAACUGGACCAAGGCCAAGUUUCUGGAUGCCGCCGAUAGCAGCUCUGCUGCCUCGGGCGACGUGGGCAAAGACAAGGUCUGCGCUAGGGUGGGGCACUCUGCGGCGAGUGCGGCGCAAGGGGAUAGACCAGUCAUGUUUUGGGGUACCACCCUCAACGCCAAUGACAAGACCCGCGACGCAUUUAUGAUCUAUGGUAAAGACGAACUUGGAAACUACUGGGUUCAGGGUUUCUUAAGGCAGGAAACCUGGGAUUUGAUUCGGGAGGAACUGCGGCAGUAUGGAAAGGAGUCGAAGGAAUCUAUCUGA